GCCCCACCGUACCCUUUCUCUUUAACUCUCUUUUUCAUUCUCUCGCUCCCUCCAUAUCAGAAGCUCGCAGAGCUGUGGUCGUGUGGGGACGCAGGAAGCCAAUGGGAUGAGGACUCGAUAAUAGAUGCAAAUUAUCAUGAAAGGACGCAGCAAAAUAUGAAACAACUUAUUUGCAGCGGAGUAAAUCACAGUAAACUGUUUGGGAACUGGCACCCUGCACCGGAAUUGUGAUGCUGGAUCUCCUGAGCGGCGCGUAUCAGUGGAAGCUGAAUAGCUGUGGCUUUAAAGGGGCUGUUUAAAAAGGUAUACAAACACAAGUCAUCCACUGCUGGAAAUCAACGUCUGUUGUGGCAUUUGUGUCUUUUGAUUCAAAAUAAUCGGCUCUGACCAGUGUAUCCCUGGCUAACACGUUGACACAAUACAAUCAAAAGCAACCCCCACAUCAAAAACAACAUCGACUGCAGCAAAAGAUGAGCUCCUAUUUUGUCAACUCACUCUUCUCCAAAUACAAAAGUGGAGACUCGUUACGCCCUAAUUAUUAUGAGUGCGGUUUUGCGCAGGACUUGGGGACUAGACCCACCGUCGUGUACGGUCCAGGCACCGGGGCAACUUUCCAGCAUGCCCCACAGAUUCAGGAGUUUUACCAUCACGGUGCGUCAACGCUAUCUGCUGCUCCUUACCAGCAAAGUCCAUGUGCUGUAACUUGUCAUGGCGAGCCAGGCAAUUUCUAUGGUUACGAUGCUCUCCAAAGGCAAACUCUCUUCGGUGCCCAGGACGCCGACUUGGUCCAGUAUAGUGACUGCAAACUCGCCGCGGGAGGCAUCGGCGACGAGACGGACAACACGGAACAGAGUCCGUCCCCUACGCAGCUGUUCCCCUGGAUGCGACCGCAAGUAGCUGCUGGACGCAGGCGAGGACGCCAGACCUACAGCCGCUACCAGACACUCGAGCUCGAGAAGGAGUUUCUCUUCAACCCCUACCUGACGCGCAAGCGGCGCAUUGAGGUGUCGCACGCCUUGGGACUGACCGAACGGCAGGUCAAAAUUUGGUUUCAAAACCGCCGUAUGAAAUGGAAAAAGGAAAACAACAAGGACAAGUUUCCCAGCAGUAAGUCAGAACAGGAAGCGAUUGAGAAGGAGAAGCGGGAGAAGGAACAGGCCGCCGGAUCACAGUCGGCAAGUGAAGACUGCCAGAAAGCGAAGCAAAUAUAGAGGCAGACAGCAAUCAGGAGCGCAAAAGUUAAAUAUAUAUAUACACAUAUAUAAAAAGGACAUCGAGACAGCGGAGAGAGAGUAGCGUGAAAGGUUUGUCGAAUAGACAUUUCAGUCUACGACGGGUCAAUACCUAUCUCAGUCGAUGGGGAAAUAGAUGACCGAUGGUGGCGAAAAAGGACCCCAAAUCAAUGUGUGACCACCGAACUUUAUGAUGACGAACGAAAAGAAGCAUUUUUACUUUUUUCCCUAAUGUUCAGAGAGUAGGCCAAGUAGCGUCUAAACUAGCCUCCUUUCUUCGUGGAAUAAUUAUUGUGAAAACUCGGUUUCUAUUGUUAGGAUUUUGACAUUAACAAUUACCUUGGCAGCUGUAUAGUUCUUAAGUUAAAUGGUGCACUUUUAACUGUUCUCACUUAUAUGUUAUGAUGACGUAGCGAUUAAUGACUUCCAACAACAUGAAACUGCCUAUUUAUGCCGUAGAAUGUCUUUUUACACCUCUUUAGUUUUCUCAGAUUUGAUGGUAUUUUGUUGUCUUCCUUUAUUGGGUUAAGCAUGCGCACAGUGGAUAAAAUAAAUAAAAAUAAAUUAAAAAGGAUGUCAUGUGACCCAUUGUUUACUGUGAAACAGAUUUUUGUACUGUAUUCGUGAAUUAGUUCUUGGGAACUUGACGAUAUGCUUUCAUUGUUCUUCAUCACUUUGUUCUAUUGUCUAAACCUGGAAGAAGACGAAAAACUGGGCACAAUAAAGUUUACAAGCGAGAAUCCAUGUCAA